AUGGACUACCAAAACCGCGCCGGGUCAAAGUUCGGCGGCGGCGGCGUGGCCUCGCACAGCGCCACCAACGCCGACCGCCGCGAGCGCCUGCGCAAACUGGCCCUGGAGCACAUCGACCUGGACAAGGACCCCUACAUCUUCAAGAACCACCUGGGCGCGUUCGAGUGCCGGCUGUGCCUGACGGUGCACCAAAACGACGGCUCGUACCUCGCCCACACCCAAGGCCGGAAGCACCAGACCAACCUGGCGCGCCGCGCCGCCCAGGAGAAGCGCGACGGGAGGGACAAGAACAUCGACCCGCAGACCGGUCUGCCGGUCGGCGUGGUGGGCGCCGGGUUCAGCGCGUUGGGGCUGGGUGGCGGCGCGAGGAAGAACGCGGUCAAGAUCGGCAGGCCGGGGUACAAGAUCACAAAGAUUCGCGAUCCCGUCACCAGGGCGGAGGGGUUGCUGUUCCAGCUGCAGUUUCCGGAUAUAUCGCCCGGUACGGUGCCGAAAUGGCAGGUCAUGUCGGCGUUCAGCCAGCGCGUCGAGGAGCCCGAUAGGAACUACCAGUAUCUGCUUGUGGCGGCCGAGCCGUACGAGACGUGCGGCUUCAAGAUCCCAGCGCGAGAGCUAGACAAGCGCGAGGGAAGGAUGUUUGAGUACUGGGACCCGGAUGCGAAAGAGUAUUGGGUUCAGGUUAUGUUUAUGACGGAGCGGGAGGAGCGGUUCAAUGCCGCUCCCGGCUUGGGCGCGAGGAGUUGA